AGAGGACUGGUCAGUCCAAACCACCAUGGAGUUUGCUUAAACUUGUAGAAAAGUGGCAUCUGCAUUGAAAUACGUAGUACAGCUCUGUCUCAUUGAACUGGCAACUCGUCAAUACGGCUGAUUUUUUAUGUGUGGAGUUUUCCACUAUCAGAUACUGCCAGAAAUCUUUUCUACGAGGAACGAUCUACAUCACUCAAAUACUCAACAACGUGAAAUAGCUGACCACAUAGUUACUUCUACACCGUGUAAAUUACUCCGCAAUCCAAGCACACGGUAACAGUCUGACUCGGUAAUAGUCGCAGCCCUGUUUGCCGGCAAGGGCGCCACCAAGUCCACCUUCCAUAAUUUUCCAUGCCGAGACCGAGUAGGAGCACAUGACCUGAUGACCAUGACCGACCAAGUCAGGCAAAAUCGCCAAAACUGCCAAAUCCAGCCCAAACAAUUCUCCAAACCGAACUCUAGCCCCAGAGACUAGCAAGAGUGAACCGUUCUGGAAAUGUUUUCACUCGAAAAGGAAACGUACUACGGAGUCGGUACAAAUCUUGGCACCUCGCCUCGCCCAGACCAGCAGGAAAGAGACAGGCGAGCGGCGAAGCGGAAACACGUCGACAUCCCCCACCUUCCCCGCCUCGCGCCCCGUUCGCCGUUAAUGACCUCCAAAUCGGACGCCACUUCGCGGCAACAGCAGCGUCACCGUCACCGUCACCGCGUCGCCGGCAGUGCGGAGCGAGGCGAUGGCGGGCGCGGUCGACGGCAUGGGGAGCAAGUACGCGGCCCUCGAUCCGACCGACGGGCCGGAGCUCGACGCGGCGGAGGUAAGCCGGAGGAGGCCUUCGGCGUCCGUGAGGAGGAGCAAGGAGAGGUUCGUGUACGGCUGCGCCAUCUUCGCCUCGCUUAACGCCAUCCUCCUCGGCUACGAUGUCGGUGUCAUGAGUGGUGCAAUCAUCUACAUCCAGAAAGAUCUCCACAUUACCGAGUUUCAGGAAGAAAUCCUAGUUGGUUGCCUCAGUGUGAUCUCACUCUUGGGAAGCCUGUCAGGAGGAAGAACUUCCGAUGCCAUCGGCAGGAAAUGGACAAUGGGCCUUGGUGCGAUCAUCUUCCAGACUGGUGCAGCCAUCAUGACAUUCGCUCCUUCAUUCACUGUGCUCAUGAUAGGGAGGCUUCUCGCCGGGGUGGGCAUCGGCUUUGGAGCCAUGAUAUCUGCUGUCUACAUUGCCGAGAUCUCCCCCGCAGCUGCCCGUGGGACUCUCACGUCCCUCCCUGAGAUCUGCAUCAACUUGGGGAUCCUCCUGGGCUACGUUUCCAAUUAUGCUUUCUCGGGCCUUUCCGAGCACAUCAGUUGGAGGGUUAUGCUUGGUGUCGGUAUCCUCCCAUCUGUCUUCAUCGGUGUCGCGCUUUUUGUGAUCCCGGAGUCCCCUAGGUGGCUGAUGAUGGAAAAGAGAGUUCCAGAGGCAAGGGCAGUAUUGCUGCAGAUAAGUGAAUCGGAGGCUGAGGUUGAAGAAAGGCUGGCUGAGAUUGAGGAAGCUGCAAAUAUCAUGAAGUCGGUUAAUUCUGAGGACAAGGCGGUGUGGAGGGAGCUACUGAACCCUUCUCCUGCUGUUCGCCGGAUGCUGUAUGCUGGCUGUGGUAUUCAGUUGUUCCAGCAGAUCACUGGAAUUGAUGCUACUGUCUAUUACAGCCCAACAAUUUUCAGGGAUGCUGGAAUCAAGUCUGACCAGGAGCUGCUUGCAGCAACAGUUGCUGUUGGAUUUACUAAAACGAUUUUCAUACUGGUUGCCAUUUUCCUCAUUGAUAAAGUUGGGCGCAAACCGCUUCUGUAUGUCAGCACCAUUGGCAUGACAGUCUGCUUAUUUGCCUUGGGGACUGCACUUACAUUGCGAAAGCAUGCUGAGGGGCUUAUUUCUCCAAAUCUUGGGAUUGAUAUGGCAAUCUUUGCAGUUUGUGGGAAUGUGGCAUUCUUCUCGAUCGGGAUGGGACCGAUAUGCUGGGUCUUGUCUUCAGAGAUAUUUCCUAUAAGAUUGCGAGCUCAGGCAUCAGCACUUGGUCAAGUAGGUGGCAGAGUGGGCAGUGGUUUGGUUUCCAUGUCAUUCCUCUCCAUGGCCCGCGCUAUAUCCGUGGGGGGAAUGUUCUUCGUCUUUGCAGCAAUCUCGACCGUCUCCGUUGUGUUUGUGUACUUCUGUGUGCCAGAAACUAAAGGGAAAACUCUGGAGCAGAUUGAGAUAAUGUUUGAAGGUGGGAAGGAAUGGAAAGGAGGUGGCGAGGUCGAGCUUGAAGAUACACAGCAUUUGAUACAGGGUGACAAGAAAUCUUUCUCUCUAGGCUGAUAUAAUCAUCAAAGCAACAAGAAGCUUCAUGUCAGCGCUGAAACAGCCUCGUCCUGCUUCCGACAUCAGGUUGAAAGCUCAACAGGACUUUGCUGCGCAUAGGUUGUGACAUAGAUGGUGUAUUGUGUUUUUAGUCUAAAGUACUCCAUUAUACAACCAUAUCACAAACAUCACGUAGGACACAAUGCUGUUGUAUCUGGUGGUGUCUUCCACCUAUAAAAUCAAUAUAGUCGAAAAAUUCAUUUGUAGAA